AUGAUGCCGAUGGCUGAUAUGCUGAAUCAUAAGACCGGUUUCAACAAUGCUAGAUUGUUCCGCGAGAAAGGAACAUUGCAAAUGAUAGCAAUAAAGCAAAUAAGCGAAGGCGAGCAAAUAUUCAACACAUAUGGAGAUUUAUGCUCUGCAGAGCUCUUGCGCAAGUAUGGAUUUGUCGAUGAAAACAAUAUAAAUGAUAUCGUUGAGAUAAAUGGCAGACAGGUAGUCGAUACUUUAUCGGUCGAUAAAGAUACCAAAGAGAAAAAGGUCGAAUUAUUGCUUGAAGAAGAAAUUUUGGAUGAGUAA